GAGAAAUUGGUGCGGGAUUUGUGUAGCAUUGGCCGAUUUGGAAAACGUGACUUAGAGGUAAAGCGGAAGUACGAGUACCAGCCACUGACGAAAGAUGAUCGCGAUAAAGCUAAAAAGGCAUAUCAAACAGCAGUUGAAGGAAUUAUGAAGGUAGCUCAAAUCCAUAUUGUUGUAGCCACUUUAAUAAUGACAGUCACUUUCGCCGCUGGUAUCACAUUGCCAGGAGGUUUUGAGAGCGACCCCGAUAGCCAUAAUAAUGGGAUGGCGAUUCUAACAAGGAAAACAGCAUUUCGUGCAUUUGUUGUUUCCGAUGCCAUUGCUUUCACAUGCUCAGCUGUUCCCAUAUUCAUCUACUUUGUCAUGGCAAAUGUAAGUACAAAGCUUAAACAUAAAGAUAUAGAGAAGCUUUGUAAUCGCGCAAUUAUUUUUCUGUGCAUGUCAAUGUUAGCAGUUGUAAUUGCAUUCGCAACUGGUAUGUUCGCUACUUUAUCACAUUCACUUGGUCUUGCCAUUACG